CAAAACGUCAGCUUGACAAAUAUGUCAAAGAUCAUAACAAAAACAAGAAUUUUUUUGUUGAAAAAUGUCGUGUCAAAUCCGUUUAUCGGGAAAUAUACAGGAUGUGAGCGAAAUAAGACGGAUUUUAUUCCCUACUGACGAUCAUCGAGGUUCUGACAGCUGGCUCCAGGUUUGCGAGGCCUCUGUGUCCCCCACAGGAGAUCUGAUUGUGAUAGCUCACGAACGGAAGAUUAUAGUGUUGAGUGCAAAAUGGAACCCACAGUUAUCAGCGAACCACUAUGUGAUAACAUACUCUGGUACAAUUCAUGACUAUGAUAAAGUGAAAGCAGUGCUUUGCCUGCCAGUUGUAGGCGAGAAUCAACAUAGUCAAAUAGGUCCAGACUGGACUUGCAUUGUAGUGGGUUAUGACUCUGGAUAUGUGAGAUUUUACACUGAAAAUUGCGAAUUACUGCUAGAUGAACAAUUUCAUAGUGAAAAUAUAAAAAGUGUGAAAUGUCAAUCUCAGCAUAGCCCUAGACCUGAUAUAAGCCCAGAUUUGAGACUUGAAGAGAUUUACAUUCAGUAUCAGAGCUGUGUUUGUAUCCUCGGUGGAUCUCAGAUAUUUCCACAUCUGAGAUCUGCAAGAAAUGAUGGUGUAAAAGGUCCCCCUCUACCUCCAUCAUGCCUAAAAAAAUGGUCAAUUCACGACCAGUCCUUGGUGAACGAUACAGCCGUUGUAGGCCUCUGCCCCACAUCCUCCUUCGAUCACUUGUUGACCGCCUCCACGUGCGGUGGUUUCGACGCCGUCUACCGAGCUGCCCCGCCUGCUGCUUCGUUGGUCAUAGCCGCAGGCUCCAGGCCGUUUUUAGGGUGGCACUACGUAUCGGAAGGAGCUGCGCAACCGGCGUUGGGGGAUGUCGCUAAAGUAGUAGCUACGAGAAUUAAGUCUGCCUUGCCCGGCUGGCUCACAGGAACUAUCGCCCAGCCCGAAAAAAAGAUGUCGCUUUCGACGCACCCUGCAGACGCUAUGGGGUGCCGAUUCGGACUCUGUGACCUCCGACGAACAGCUACAGACGUAAUACUCUCACCAGAUAAGAUGUUUGCUGCCGCAUGUGAUACUUUAGGAAGGGUUCUUCUGGUAGACUCGAUAAGAGGGGUAGUUGUUAAGAUAUUCAAAGGAUACAGAGAUGCGCAAUGUUCUUUCAUCCAAGUACCUGACGAGAAAAAAUCUAAGCAUAGGCACGGUAACAAAGUAGCUCAUUUUCUGUUAAUCUACUCCCCUAAAAAAGGAACCCUGGAAAUAUUUUCAUUGCUACAAGGCUCGAAAAUCUGUACUUUCACAGCAUCAAAAUUCAGCAGAUUAUUCAACAUAAACUAUGGUCUCAUGGGAUUUAACUCGACUACUUCUAAGAGCCGAUAUGUAUGUCAGUGGACCAGUGUUUUCAUAGAUAACGAUGGUCAGAUCAAAGAAAUAAUGGUUCCGUACCAUUUUGCUUUGGCAGAGAAAAAUAAUAAGCGAUCGAGGGAUAUCCAUCUUUACAAGAAACUACGACAUUACAUUAAAUCGGGUGAUUACAAUGAAGAAACUUUACUGAAAGAAUCCUAUGAUAUUUGUACAGAGUUGAAGACGCUUGAAAUCAAGUCUCAAAUAGUUGACAUGCUGAUUAGUAAUAGAAACAUUCCUGCAAACGUUAUACUGAAAUGCGCAAAGUACUUUGUAGAAAAUGCGGCUGAUGAUGAAGGAAUUAACUUUAGAAUCUUGUGUGAUAACAUUAGUCAUUUAUUAGAGUUAUACCUAUUUGUAGCAAACAAACAAAACGGCGAUAACGAUGAAACUGAAAACUCGUCGUUGAAGUUAGACGAGAAAGAUAUGACUAACCUGCAGAAAUUAUUAGAUUUAAGUAUCGAUAGUGAUAGUAAAGAACUACCUGAAGUCCAUGUUAGAUUCAGUGAUAAAAACUUGGCAUUUAGCACGUCAGAAUUCUUAUCAGGAUUCGACUUUACUAAUGUUGAAUUAGUGACGCUUAAAGAUAAAGUAGAUGAUGGCAUUUUAUUUAAAACUUCCGAGGUGCUUCUGAAACCGUACAUCACAGGAGAAUUAUCAAGCUUCGCGCAACUGGAAAGCCUGUUGAUCAAAGCAAAAAUUGAUACGAAGAACUUGUUCUGCAUGCUCGUCAAUUAUUGGGUCAAUCGAUCUUUGCAUAUAAAUUUGAAUCUUGAAAAGGAGAUGAACAACUUCCUGCAUUUAUGCUACACCUUACUCAGAACUGCAUCGAAAGAAGAUACAGUAUGUAACUAUAAUCAAGUCUCGACAUUUUGGUCAAAGAUACGCGAGACCCUUGCGAACUCUUCAAGGCCCUUUCCGGCUUUGAUGGCCGCAAUUUUGUGCAAAACUGCUGCCCACAAGGUCAAUAUCGAAAAACAAAUGGAAGAUUCAUCCAUCAGUUUGGAAGAAGAGAGUAUGGAGGUGUUAUCUCAGGAAAGCGUGCUUUGGUCUCUUUUGAUAGGCAAACUGGAGGAUAUUUCGCUUUUGAACAUCAUCAUGUCAACUAAGGCUUUAGCUAAGGAUGCCGCGUUGCCAAAGUUGCAACACGAUAAAAUUGAUGUCAGUUUGAAGUAUAUUCUAGAAAAGGGUAGAGGCGCGGUUAGUGAGAUCGUAGCUCGGUGGUUGAGCUCAAGCGGGAUUGAUCCGCAACUGAUAGUAUUGAACGAGAUGACGGAGAAAGAAGAAGAAAACAUUGAAAGCGAGAAGAUUCUGGAUCAGUUGAAUUUGUUGAAGGAACAGUUUCCUUAUAGUUUAAACUCUAGUGCGCUCUUGGCGAAUUUGGCUUGGGAAUACGCGCUUGAUUGGCAAAAGGAGAUCCAAGACUUUAGCAAAUUGGAGGCUGCGAUGAAAUGUUUGGGAUGUAUUCAGAAUGUGCAGGUCAAGCAAGGCAUGUACCAACUUCUCUGGAACACCCAUCUAAAAAUAGUGAACGAAAGUACCUGCAAGCUGAUCAACAAAGUGGGCAAACUCCCAAAGGAACGCUUAUGUAGACAAGACACCGGCUUGUCCGAUGCUCAAAUCACAAUUUUCCUCGGCAUAACCUCAGAUUUUUUGGACGCGUUCAUGGACGUAACCCAGACCGCUUGCAGCCCCCACCCCUUACAAUUCGAGAACAUUUGGGAAAACGGCGGACAACCAUUGGUCGAGUUGGCCGCGCAGCAAAAACAGGCCAACUACGAUUUGUUGCACUUGCACUAUCAGUUGAGCAUGGUGUUACAGAUGAUCACCACGUUCGGCGUCAAGCAUAGCAAACCAGUCAAUAAUCUGUUUGAAGCCUCGGUAGUUAAUGUUUUGUUCACGGAUUUCGCUAGGAACGUUGAGGUCAGUUGGAACAAGUCAGACAUAAAAAUCAAUGCUUCCAGAACACAGUUUUUAUUCAAAGUUAUUUCGGCCAGUAUAGAAAGUAUAACAAUUAACGAAUCAGGAAAAAUUUACUCUACACAGCACGUUACGUGGAUGGCAAAAUGUUUAUCUUUGGCAAGGUUUUGGAAUUUGGACGUAGACUUGUUCAAGAGGUAUCAAAUCACGAAACUAUAUAUAAACGGAUUUGACAGUUUAUCAGAAGAAUUGAUUCCAUCCAUAAACGAUCGCAAUGAAUUAGGGAAGAAUCUAUUAAUGGUAGGUGCCAAAAGAAUGUCACAGUAUCUAACAAAAUCACCGGAUUUCAGCAACAAUAUAGCUGCAUUGAGUCCUGCUUUGACGAACUAUAUGGAUUCAUUGGAUGACGAAUGGUGUGCACCCUGCCCCAUGGAAAAAAUCACAGCUUUAGCAACCUACAUCGUUCAAUGUAUAAACGAAGACCAAAUCGAGCAUCGAUUGGCCCAGUUGUUAUUAGAAGCGUCUAUGACAAUAGGAGAACUCAAAUCGUAAUCCUUAACGUGUAUAUUGUUGAGUCGGUUUUUAGCGUACGUACGUUUUUAAUUGUUGAAGUUUUAUAUUUAUACCAAUAUCAAUAAACAAGUUACUGAAAUGACGGUAUAUCGUUAAA